AUGUAUUCUUCGUUAUUGUUAUUGCCUUUCAUACCAUCGCUGGUCAAUUCCGCUGCGGUUCCUUCCGCUGACUUGGCCGGCUAUGUUUUGACCAGUACAGGGACCAUCAAUGGCGGAAACACAUUUCCCGGUGUUUCACGACCACUAGGCAUGGUCAAGCUCGGUCCCGAUCUUUACUCGGGCACCGAUGCUUACUCUGGCUAUCUCUCAAAUGGCAACUUCACGGGCUUCACGAUGCUCCAUGAGAGCGGAACUGGCGGCGCACCGAAAUACGGCGUCGUUUCUCAGAUGCCCGUAGUCGGGACUGUUGUAAACCCUCUGAGCGAUGCUAUCAAUGACACUCGUGCCGCGCCUGAUUUUACCGAAAUUGGCUAUUAUAAAGCGAGCCUUGGCUCUGGUACAGUCUUAGAAAUGGCAGCUACCAACAAAGCUGGCAUGUUUCAGUACACAUUCCCUAGUGUGAGCAAGGAUCUCAACGUGCUUGUUGACGUGUCCCAUGUCUUGUCGUCCUACCGUGGCCAAGGGUUGGAGCAGCAUUUUUUAGGAGGCAGCAUUAAUGUCCAGCAAGACACCAAGCCCGGAUAUUAUUAUUAUACCGGUAAUGGAACUUAUAACAAUGGAUGGAACAGAGCUGGCCCAUGGACGGUUUAUUUCUGUGGAUAUUUCGAUGCGCCGGCUACCUAUAAAACAUUUAUUGGAACAAGCCUAACAACAGCAAACUUGUCCGAGUUUUCCAAUAAGACGAGCUACAGCUCCCAGACUGCGAGGCUCGGCGCCCUCUUCACCUUCCAGCAGCGUUCUGUGGUCUCCAGAGUUGGAGUCUCGUUCGUCUCUGAGGCUCAAGCUUGUGCCAAUGUCAAAGCCGAGAUUCCCCAGGGGACCAGUCUCGCGACUGUUCGCCAAGGAACUCGAGAUGCGUGGAACUCACAAGUACUGCAAAAGGUGACGACAAGCGAGACAAAUGUCACUAAGUUGAACCAGCUCUACUCAGCCCUGUAUUUCAUGCACCUGCUUCCGACUAACAAGACAGGAGAAAAUCCUCUCUGGACCUCUGGGGAGCCCUACUAUGAUGACAUUUUCACCUUUUGGGACACUCAUCGAUGCACAACCGCUCUACUCCACAUCCUUCAGCCGGCAUACCAUGAAGAGCUUCUUAGAUCCAUGGUAGACAUCUAUCGCCAUGAAGGCUACGUGUCGGAUGCUCGCUCCUCAUUUUGGAACGGCGCUGUCCAAGGAGGUUCAAACAGCGACAACGUCUUUGCCGAUGCGUUUGUCAAGGGUGUGCGCGGCAAAGUCGACUGGGAAGGCGCCUAUGCCUCCAUGGUGAAGAAUGCUGAAGUCAUUCCACCAAACAACAAGGAUCCGCGAGACCCUACAGGCUCGACCAAGGAAGGACGAGGUGCGCUGUCAGAUUGGCUGAAAUAUGGCUACAUCACACCUUCGUUUGGACGGUCGGUUAGCAGAGCUGUUGAAUAUUCGGUCAAUGAUUUUUCGUUGGCUACCGUUGCCAACGGCCUUGGUCUUCAAAACGAUUUCCAAAAGUAUCUCAACAGAUCGCACAAUUGGCGCAACCAUUGGAAUACUAACAUGACUGCUCUUGGAUUCUCGGGCUUCCUUGGCCCAAGAAACACCAGCGGCUUCAUCUCUCAAAACCCCAUCUCCUGCGGUGGCUGCUACUGGGCGGAUUACUACUACCAGGCUCUCCCGUGGGAAUACUCUUUUAAUGCUCAUCACGAUUUAGACACCAUUGUUCAGUACUCUGGUGGAGCAGAUACUUUUGUCCAGCGCCUUGAGAUGACUUUCCAACCCGGCAUCUACUCUGGCAACAGCGCAUUCGGCAGCACAAUCUUCAACCCUGGAAACGAACCCAGCUUUGCAACCCCCUAUCUGUACAAUUUCGUCAACAGACAAGAUCUCGCUGUCCAACGAAGUCGCUUUAUUGCUAAAUCGUACUACAAGCCCACACCGGGCGGCCUACCCGGAAACAGUGACGCUGGAGCCAUGGAGUCGUGGCUAUUGUGGAACAUGAUCGGCUUGUACCCCAUGACGGGCCAGACUACCUUCCUCAUCGGAUCUCCCUGGUUCACUGAUCUGACUAUCUCCUUGGGCGGUGGCAAGACGCUCAAGAUCACCACCACUGGCGGUAGCGAAGAUGUAUACUACGUCCAGUCGCUCAAAGUCAAUGGCAAGGCGUGGAAUAAGGGCUGGGCGAGCUGGUACGACAUUUUUGCAAACGGAGGCACUCUCGACUUUGUGCUCGGCAGUUCUCCUACGAACUGGACUACCGGUCCGACACCACCAAGUCCUGGGAGUCUACACCCUUCAACAUAUGCCUCUCUUGCUUCACAUGUUUGA